GCCUGCGGGGAGCCGCUCGCUCGCCGCCCCCACCCCGCUUUCUUCGCCCCGCCGCUGCCGCCCAGAAGCUGCCCCCAGCGCGGUGCCCUAGCCGCCUCCGAAAGCCCCGGGGGAGAAAGUUUGCGCCGGCUCGCGGGGCAGGUGAGGAGGGGCGUGCCGGCCCCCGCCGACCCCCGGCCCGCCAUGGGCGCCACGGCCCGCAGCCUGCGGCUGGCGCUCGGCCUGCUGCUCCUGGGGACCCUGCCGCGCGGAGCCGACGCCUGCAGCUGCUCCCCGGUGCACCCGCAACAGGCGUUUUGCAAUGCGGACGUAGUGAUCAGGGCCAAGGCGGUCAGUGAGAAGGAGGUAGACUCUGGGAACGACAUCUAUGGCAACCCCAUCAAGAGGAUCCAGUACGAGAUCAAGCAGAUAAAGAUGUUCAAAGGACCUGAGAAAGACAUAGAGUUUAUCUACACAGCCCCUUCCUCGGCAGUGUGCGGGGUCUCGCUGGAUGUCGGUGGGAAGAAGGAAUAUCUCAUUGCAGGAAAGGCCGAGGGGGAUGGCAAGAUGCACAUCACCCUCUGUGACUUCAUUGUGCCCUGGGACACCCUGAGUACCACCCAGAAGAAGAGCCUGAACCACAGGUACCAGAUGGGCUGUGAAUGCAAGAUCACGCGCUGCCCCAUGAUCCCAUGCUACAUCUCCUCCCCGGAUGAGUGCCUCUGGAUGGACUGGGUCACAGAAAAAAGUAUCAAUGGGCACCAGGCCAAGUUUUUCGCCUGUAUCAAGAGAAGCGACGGCUCCUGUGCAUGGUACCGUGGGGCGGCACCCCCCAAGCAGGAGUUUCUUGACAUCGAGGACCCAUAAGAGGCUGACAGCACUGCUGUGGCCAACUGAGAAGCCUCUAAGAGUUUAGACUGGUCCAGCUCUGACAUCCCUUCCUGGAAACAGCAUGAAUAAAACCGUCAUCCAAAUGGGUCACAUCAGUGUGAUUCUGCCCCUCCCCAUUGUCCUUGUAAACAUGGUUGUGGGCUGGAGGGAGCAGUGGGCCCAGAUGCCCUGUACCCUUCCCUCCACCAGCCGGGCACCAAGUGUCUCAGUCUUUGAUCCUGGUGUGGGCAGGGGUGGGACAUUCAGACUCCUGCCCAGGCCUCCUUGACACCAUCCCAGAGGCUGGGCGGGCAGCAUUUAGGGUCUCCGUCGUCUGGUUGGGGCAGAGCCUAGAAAUGAGCAUUUUGCAGAAACGUUUGAGGGUCAUUGUAAGACUGCGUAGCAGGCCUACCAGGUCCUCUUCAUCCUGAGAGGGGCGUGUCCCUCACUUUCUGCAGCAGCACCUCUCUGGCUUAGGUUGGCAGUCCCUGCCCUUUGCAAGUGCCACUCAUCUCCCCUGAGCCCACUGUGGACUCCUUCAGGUCCAGAAGCAGCCCUGGACCCAGGGGCUCAUUCUUAGAGAAGUCCCACUCAGUCUUACGAAUCUACAAAAUGCCAGUAGGAGCCUCCUCCGGGACCCACACAGAUGUGCAGCGAAGACACCGCUGCUGAGCCAGAUUUCAGCUUCAGCCAAGUCUCUGCGCUCCCCACUCCCAUAGCCCCCAGCUCCUUCUGGGUGUCUGUGUGGUUUCCUGCAGGACAGGUGUCUGGGAAGGGAGGUUGCUCAGUUGCCCUCGUAGUUCACCCCCAAACUUCAGUUGCUCCUGCCUCCUCCCCACCCGACAUCGGGGAGCUGGAUUGAGCCACAGAGCUUUGCUUUCCCCAAGCGUCGUGCGGCUUGGCUGGCUGUGUUCCCUGUUUGCACAAACUGAGGAUGUAGAUGCUGGUUUUGCUGUGCCCUACAGGCUUAAUGAAGUCUCCCUCCAAGGCUGACGGUCACUAUUUUGUUGUGGAUUUCUGCAAGUGACAUUAGCUAAGUGUAUGAAGCCUCACCCAGGGAGGUGAGCAGCUUGCGUGACACUUUUGAGUUCUUUCUGGCCUCUAGGAUGCUGUAGCCUGUUUUAAGAGGCAUCUCAGUUUUCUAAAGAUUAAUUCUUAGAUAAUGUGUGAACGCAAGCUGCAGGUUUGCCAAGAUGCGCUUCUGUUUCUUACGUCACAAAGAUUACCCAUUUAAAGACACAGGGAACUAGGGAACCUACCUAUUCCAGGAAAAUAGUUUUCUGAUGCCAAUACCAUGGGAGUUCACACAUGCAGAACUUCCCCAGUACCAACACAGAGAAUCUCGUUUCUCCUCUUACCAAUGUUGUAAAGAUAGGCUUCUCUGAACACAAACACACACAUGCACACAGACACACACACUAUGUAAACACAUGUAUGUGUGCAAACAAUGCAAGAAAUCUGACAGCCAGGAGUGGCCCUUCUGCAAAAUGCUUCCCAAGUCGCCAUCUUCUAAGCCUGUUUUAUCCUGCAAAAAACUGAAGACUCCUGACCCCCGAGUGGCACGCAGCCCCUAUGCCCUCUGGGACCUGGUCAGCACAGAAUGUGAUGACUUCCCUUUCCAGGACAAACUGGGAGACUAUCCAGGAAUCAACUCCUGCCCUGAGGGCACUUUCAUGCUGUACAGUGAUAGAAAGUUGGUGAGAUGUCAUAAUGGACCAGUCCAUGUGAUUUCAGUAUAUACACCACCACCAGACCCCCGCCCCAUCAAUAUAGCACCCUGCCCUGUAUGCUUCCUGUAUGGUGAUAUCAUAUGUAACAUUUGCUCCUGUUUCUGCUGACUCCUGAAAUGUUUUGGUUUAUCUUUGACAUCCGCUGUGAUCAUUCCUGUGCUGUGUUUUUUAUUACCCUUGAUAGCUGUUAGACUUGCACUUUCGAGACACGGUUACUGCAUCAAGGAAGCAUCUGACCCAGAGUGGAAGGCGUGGCGUGGUAGCUGGCCUGUGACAGUGGAUCCCUUCUAAUCUUUUCUUUGGUUCCUUGACUAUCUUUGCUUUUCCUGCCUCCCAUUUUUUGUUCUCGGGUUCAAAUUAUUACAAAGGAAAGAACCUCUGAGUGGUUUGGUUCUAAAAGGUGGCCUUUAUAUUCAGUCUGCACACACUGGCUUUCUAACCAGGCUGAGCAGCAGGAGACAACAAAGACCUAUCAAGAGGAAGUGCCAGUGGCAGCUGAGAGGACGGGCCACUCAAACACCUUCACAGUAAAGAACUGCCACACGCAUAGUGUGAGAAGUAUCUCCAUCUGGCCUUGUUUAAUUUAUGUGUUCUAUCCUAAGCACCACUCUUUUUCUCCCUCUAUUCUUCUCAUCAUGCAAGCAACUCAAAAUAUUUAAAAAUGAAGUUUACAUUGUAGUUGUUUUAAAAAUCUUUGCUUGAUAAGUAUUAAGGAAUAUUGGACUCUCCGCCAUAAUUUAAAGCUUUGUUGAUUCUGUCUGUUUUUGUUUGGAUUUUGUUGUUGUUGCUGUGGGGGUAGCAAUGUGUUCAUGCUGGAAUAUGAAGUCUGAGACCCCCGCCCGAGCUGGGAACACAUGAGAGUUGUUGAAAAUCAACAAGCAGACUGCGCAUGUCUCUGAUGCUUUGUAUCAU